UAUAAAGAGCUGAGUUAAAGGUUUCUUUAUUUCAAUGUACUGUAAGUUGUUGAGAAUCCUUUACAAUGAGAGUUACUAAUCUUCUCUUCUUAUAUCUAAUUUCUUGGGGACUGUGUAAGGGUUCCAAAGAAAAUAUAUUCAAUAAAUUCAAUCUUCAUGAUGGUCUUGAUACCCUAACAACAAGUAUUCUAUCCAAACUCGACCCGAAAGUUUGUUUUGCCAUUCUCACUGAUCGACAAUACUACGAUAUCCUUCGUGAGAGUAUUUUUAUGAGUGGCACAGAAAGUUAUCCAGUGUAUCUUGUCUUGGUGAGUGAUUCUGAUGAUCUCCUCUCACCCAACUACAGAACCGUUCGUAUGCUUCAAGAAAUGCGUCGCGUCGACUGUGGAGUUUAUGUAAUUUAUCUUGCAAAUGGUAUUCAAAUGGAGAGAUUUUUUCGUUUCGGCGAUAAAUAUCGUCUACUGAGUAGCCAUGCCAAGUACGUCCUACUACAUGAUUAUCGGCUCUUCACGAAAAAUAUGCAGAAGAUUUGGAAGAAGAUAAUCAAUGUGAUUUUUGUGCGUCAAUUUCAUCCACAGAAAAGACAUAUUACUAGCAAUACAACUUGGUCUUGGUUUGAGCUCACAACAGUUCCCUUCCCGCCACCACUAAAAGAGAUUUUUGUUCCCAAGAGAGUUGACUUCUGGCAAGAUGGUCACUUCCUACGGCGUUCAAGACUCUUUGAGGAUAAAACGCACAAUCUUGACGGUCAGGUGCUCAGAGCAGCUUUGUUAGAACAUGUGCCGGCUAUAACGAAAAAUUUCAAGAACGAGAAUGACACCAAUUCUGGUGCUACAUUUGGAGGUGUCGAAGUUGAGAUGAUAAAAGCUCUUUCACAAGCUCUUAAUUUUCGUAUUGAAUUCUACGAAUCUCCACAACCAGAAAUCGAAAAGUGGGGUCGUUAUCAAUACAACGGAAGCUUCAGUGGACUCCUCGGGGAGAUUGUGUCGUCUCGAACAGAUUUUGCACUCGGAGACUUUCACUAUACUCGAUAUCAUCUUGUUUUAAUGGACCUUAGCAUACCUUAUGACACAGAAUGUCUCACAUUCCUCACACCUGAAAUACUUGCUGACAAUUCUUGGAAGACCCUCAUACUACCAUUUAGUUCUGAAAUGUGGAUAGGAGUUUGUAUUUCUCUCCUUCUUGUGGGAUCAAUCUUUUUCAUUCUAUCUACAUCCUACAUCUACAUACAUGACAAAUUGAUCACGAAGAGUUCACCUAAGAAGACUUUUUGCAUCAAUAAUCUCAACCUACAGACAAAUGCCGAAAAGAAUUCUCAUUUAAAAGAUGGAACAAAAGAUGUAUCAACGAAAUACGAGAUUCGAAGAUCAAAGGACAUCUUUGAUGAUUUCUCAAAUUGUAUCCUAUACACCUACAGUAUGCUUCUUCUUGUCUCUUUACCAAGAUUGCCUAAGGCAUGGGCUAUAAGACUUCUUACCGGAUGGUAUUAUAUAUAUUGUAUACUCUUAGUUGUAGCCUAUAGAGCAAGUAUGACUGCUAUUCUAGCUAAUCCCGUAGCCAGACUAACUAUAGAUACAAUGGAUCAGUUGGCCAAAAGUAAACUAGGUGUUGGUGCUUGGGGAACGGAAACAAAGAAAUUCUUUCUUACAUCCCUAGAUGAAACUAGUCAAGCUAUUGGAGAACGCCUCGAGGAGAUCACUAGUGCUGAUGAGGCUGUGGAAAAAGUUGCCAAGGGUAUGUAUGCCUUCUAUGAGAAUGAGCACUUCUUGCGCAAGCUUCGCUCGGAACGCAAUCAAAAUACAGAUCAACAGAUAUUACACAUUAUGAGAGACUGUGUCAUUCAUAUGCCUAUUGCCCUUGGGCUCCAAAAAAAUUCACCUCUUAAAUUGACUACGGAUAAGUACGUGAGGUGGAUAACGGAAACGGGACUCGUGAAGAAAUGGUUAAGUGAUACAAUUGAGGAAUUUGCAUCUAGUGUGGAACCACAACCAGAGGGUGCCAUAGUAAAUCUCAAAAAAAUGACUGUGGCCUUUGUUGCUCUAGGCAUUGGGUAUCUUCUUGCAACAUUAUCCCUUAUAGGGGAGAUAAUCUAUUUCAAAUGUAUAACACAAAAACAUCCUCUCUAUGACAAAUGUAACCUGGCCAAGUACUAUGAAAAAUAAUAUGCUCGCAGAUGAACUCACCUCGAUGCGUUCCCAAACAACCUGGGAACGUGGUCGGAGAUGCUGUAAGUAGUCGUAAUCAUCAUCAAAGUAGAUACCGAACUUUGCUUGUUCCUCUUUACGCUGUUAAAACAAAAUAAAGGGUAAAAUAAAUAGAAUGUUUAAACAUAA